UAUUCUCGCCCGCGGGUUCGUCGCGAUCAUUCGCCGAAGAUUCGGUACAAAGGGAAUAAGAAAUAAGCAGAUAUGUAAUAAUUUAGAUUCUUUAUUAUAAUAAUCAAUUUAAAAAUUAAAAAUAUAAAAUAUUUAUCGACAAAUAAAAUUAUUAAAAAAUAUUAAAAAUUACACGCCGCCCGCCGCCUCUUCCGCCGCCACGGCGUCCUCCUCUCUCACCACGACGGCCACUCCAUCGCCCACCUGACGAGAACUUCGCGUCGCGAACAGUCGCAAAUACGUUGUUGUACAAAUAAAUACUCGUUGUUACAAGCGCCUUAGUCAUUUCGUCUCCCGGUGUCACACCCCACAGUGUUGUUGGGUUGAAAUAAAUGGGAUAAAGUGCAUGAUAAAAAAAAGUGUAAUUAUGUUUGUAAAUCGCAUUGUGUAUGGGAAUGUAUAGUAUAUCUGUAAAAAUAAUAAAUAAUACAUUUGAUGGCGUUCCUGAGAAUCAACACGUGUUCUCCACCUAACUCGACUUCAGCAGCAACCCAAUUUAGUUUUAAAAGAAGAAUUCCUCCCCGUCAUUACAGAAGCAUUAUCGGAACUAAGGGCCGCGAUAUUUUGCAGCGGAAUUUGCGGAACUAUCGGAAAGAUUUGAAAAUCUUUUCCGCUGAACAAUCGCUGGCGUCCAGAUGAAUUAGUUGCAAUAAUUCUGUACGCACUACAAAACUACAUGGCUCCACAUACCUCACCGCUAAGAAAACGAAAUUAUGAACGCAUUGCUGCAGCUGCAGCAACAGCUGCAGCACAUGCAGACGCGGCAGCAGGAGAGGGACAGGGAGGUUGCGGUGCUACAGCAACAGCUGCAGCAACAGCAAAUGCUGCAGCAGCAACAACCGCCGCAGCAGCAACAAACGCCGCAACAACAACCACAGCCGCAGCACCCGGACGAAACUGAGGCAGAUGUGAAGCCGCGGCGAAGUGAGUUUCGCAGAUAUAAGCGAAAAAAUUAUUAACACAUUUCCGUCUCAAGUAAUAUAAAAAAUUAUUCUAAAAUGGGUGACCUAUAUUAACAUGUACAAUUUUACGGUACAGAGAGAGGAACGGCUGCUGGCGUUAGACGCCGCCAAAAUCGCGGGAGAUGGCCGCGGGGUGGGAGGGGUGGCGGCAGGGGUGCGGGAAGGGGUGGCGGAAGGGGCGGCGCCAUCAACAAAUAUUAUUUUAGUUUAUUUUAAAUUUCUCUUUCUAUAGUUUAUUUCACAUUUAAUUCCUUAUUUAUUAUACUUUCUUUUUU